AUGGACCGCCACCCGCCCACCUCCAACCCUGCCAGCGCCAGCGCCAGCGCCAACGCUGCCAACGCUGCUGCCGCCUCCGCCUCUGCCUCGACCUCCAAUGCUGCUGCUGCUGCUGCCACUGCCGCCAGCCCUUCCAGCUCCUUGUCGCCGCCCCGCCCGGACCACUCUGCUCCGGGCAGUGGGCCCACUAACACCCCUGCUACUGCCAAUAACACAUCUGCUGCUGCCGGACCCGGCCUCUUCAAACGUUUCGACCCUGCUACAGGCCAGUUUGUUCGUGGCGCACGUGCUGUGCCGCCUGCUACAAGCUCGCCGCCAAGGUUGCGGUCCCAGUCUGUCCCAGCAAUCCUGCAUUCUUCCUUGCGUCGUAUGUCUGUUGCUCCGCCACAUGUACCUCUACCGCAACCGUCACAUCUGCCAACACCCGUGAGCACUACCACUCCUCAUCGCAAGCAUGUAAGAACACAUCGAUUUUUACUAAGAGCCACUGCCAAUGCCAAUGCCAAUGCGAACGCCAAUGCGAAUGCCAAUGCGAAUGCCAAUGCGAAUGCCAACGCUAAUACAAGUAAUACAACCAUGGGUCUAAAUACAAACACAAUGCCAAAUACAACUACAAGUGCUGAGGAUGUCAGCGGAGAUCUAGGCAGCAGCAGCAGCAGUUGCAACAACAACACCGCUAGCGGCACUAGCACUAGCACUAGCGCAAGCGCUAGUGCUAGUGCCAGUGCCGCCGCUGCAAGUGCUGCAGCCUUCGCAAGCUCAUACAUCCCUCCAAUCAACCUACAAUGCCUCAAAGAAAUAGAUCUCCAAGAAAUCGUCAAAAAUCCUCAAUUACGACAUGAUAUCAUAUUCGAUCCCAUUUUACAAUUCAGACCAAACUUGGACGGAGAACGAGGAAUCAAAAAAAAGCAAAUUUCGGAUAAAUACUGGAAUAACGUAAAAUCGGAAAUAACCCUUUAUCUAAACAACAUAAACUUAUUCGACAAAAAAAAGACAAGAUUGAUCCCAAUGUUCGACACCCUCAAAGAUAUCCUUCUCACAAUAGUACCCGCCAAUGAAUCUCAGAUGAUCAACAACAUCCUGGACUCGGAAUUAAACGUCAACGCCUUGCUGAAAGGUUCCCUCCAACUCAUAACACUCUCCACUUGGCUCGCUCAGUUGUUCAAACACCACUGUGCCCCCAUGAGAGACCCCUGGGUCGAUAAGAUGAUGAUGAAAUUCAAAGAAGCUGAAGAAUUGAAAUCCCUGGAUAAAUUGAUCGAGGGCCUCCGUCUCGUUUUCCAAAUCCUAGAGGCAAUGAAACUAGACAUUGCAAACCACCAGAUCCGUAUCUUGCGUCCCGCACUUCUCAACAACGCCAUCGACUUCGAAAAACAGUACUUCCAAUCCCUCAUCAACACAAAUAAACUCAACAUCAAAUCAUCCAUCGUUUGGUUCCAAGCAAAACAUUCAGAAUACGCUUGUACAAGCACCGCCCCCAAAGAUCUAUACCGCAUCUGUAUCAAAAGCAUCCUGAGUCUCUUGUCAUGCAGGAAAAUGACAAGAGAAUUCCCCACCGCAUUAGCAUUCGAUCACACAAGAUUGAUCCUCCUACGUGCAGACAUCCGUCAAAUCGUCUGUCUUUUAAUAUGCAAAUUGCUUUUCCAACAACUCAUCACAAACGACAAGACCAUGCAGCCCGCUACAAAACAAUACAUCCUUGCGAAUUAUGCGUACAAGGCCCUCAAGAAAGACAUCAUUAGCAUCAUCACAGACGACCAUGGCAAUUGCAGAUGGACGAAAAACACUACCGCCAUCGCAAUCCAUCUUUGCACAAAGAUCCACGAUUUGAAAUCCAAGCAUACAAAUGAAACGCCUUCCCCCAUCGAUCAUCAAAGAAUCCAAUUCUCCAAAACUUGGCUCUCCAAGCAAACACAACCUCUCAGUGAAGUCUAUUCCGUCCUGGAAAACAGAGUCUUCAAUUCCAUUCAAGAAAAGAUUUGGCAAAAUGCAAAUUGUACAGUCAAUGGUAGAGUCAACACAGAUUUCAUCUAUUUAUGUUCCAACGAAGUCUUGAAGGGCAACCCAUCACAACAAGUGCCGGCCCCUCCAGUACAAGAACCUCCACCAGGUAAUACUCCGUCGUUGGAGAUUAAAGAUUUGGACGAAUUUAAUAAUGUCUAUCGUCAUUUGUAUACCGUCGUCAAUCUACAUUGGUCUGUGUUUGGUAUACAUUAUAUUAAUGCAUUGAAUGGUGAAUAG